AUGGUGGAUCCGGAGUAUCCGAAUAAAAACCCAGAUGUGUUUCAACAGGUAGUUUUCCGACUAUGCAUUGAAAAUCAUAUUAUGCGAAGCUCUUCAUGUCCAAUUUGUAAUAAAGAUAUCAAAAUUAAUAGAGAAGAAUUUGCACAUGCUAAAAGUCAUUAUAAAGAAAAGACUUCUCAACAAUCUAAUGUAACUAUAGAUGACGAUGAAGGCGAAUUGGAACAUAUGCUAGAGGUAGAAUUAAUGGAGAAAGAUGCCUCUUCCGUUUCAUCUGGGCAAAUUACUAAGGAGAAUCAAGCAACAAGUCCUAUUGAUAUUGAUAAUUCCAUCUUUAUCUCCUUUGCAUUAGUGGCAUCUUUAUCUUAUCAUCUUAGCUUCUUUGUAUUAGCGGCAUCUUUCUCAUUUUUCUUCUUCUUGUUUACUGAAGGUUCUUUUGAGCUAGAAAGCAAAAUUGUUUACACUGAUGUAGGAAUUCGAAUCAAAUUUAUCCAUGAAUCUGAAGAACUUAUGUUGGAUUCAUUUACUAAAUUAAUUGAACAAGCGAAAAAAAUUUGCGAGAUGAGUUCUAAUAAAAAGAUCAAAUUCUAUAUCGGGUACAAGAACAUGUUAGAAAACUUAAUGAAGAAAUUUGGAAGAGAUGUUUCUUCGAUAGGUUUUGGGUUGGUUGAUGAGAGAGAAGUUAUCAUUGUUACUUUAGAUAUGCAAAAGGGAUCAUUAUUACAAUUUUAUUUGCCGUCUGUGUUUGAGGGAUUUCCUGUAAUUAUUGAUCAUGGGACAAUUCAACCAUUUUAUCGAAAUUAUCAUGAAGAACUUAUGCCUGAUCCACCAGAUGCUUGUACGCUAGGAUUAUUAGCUAAACCAAAAUCGGAACCCGAAGGUAUCAAGAAUUAG